GCCGUUUCCGCCAUCGUUAGGCGUUACGUCCCUGAAAGGAAAACCCAAGCCAACGAUGACCACGACGACAGGGCCAAGAAACGGGGAGUGUAUUCCAAGGCGACCACCGCCCCCCUCUCGCACUCCAAACAGCACACGUCCAUCCGUCAGCCCAGAGCCACAAGAUAACGCAACCAACAAGACACAGCGAGCGAGCGAGCGAGGAGAAGGGAGUAGCGCGCGCGGCGCAGCGCGGCAACCAGGUCCAGGAGAAAGGGAAGCCCAGUUAGCCUGGAGCCGAGAAGCCGCCGAGGGAGCGAGGGAGCAGCCAGGCAUGGAGGAGCCCGUUCCGGCUGAUCCCCCCAGGAUUUUCUGGAAGUCAAGGAGAUCAGCCAAUGGCCGGAGCUUGCAACAAGAACCUGACAAAGAUGCUACCGAAGAAACUAAUGAGCAGGCUCAAGAGGAACCCAUGAAGACCGACGAUGCAACAGAUACAACAGCUACAGCUGAGGAUGUACAACCAGACCCAAAAGCUAACUUAUCUGAGAAGCGGAAGGCUCUCUUUGAGCCUCUUGAGCCGAUCAAUGGAAAGCGCAGUGCUGAAAUGCUGCUUCCACCACCGGACUUUGAGCCCGCAUCAUAUCCUAAGGGAUGGCUGGUGGGCAAGAAACGUAAGCUCGUCAAUGUAGAUGUUGUGGAGAGCAUGAGGAGGAUUGCAAUCCAAGAAAUGAACAGAAAGGACCGUGAGAUCAAUGGACUGAACGAGCAGUUAGAGGAAGACUCCCGUGUGCUGGAGCUUCUACAGAAGCAGCUUGCCGAUGAGCGCAAGAAGCGGGCAGAGAUUGAGAAGGAAAAUUCUAUGCUUCAUGAGCAGGUGAACAUGCUGAUGAACAUGCUUGACGAAAAUGAGGGUUUCGAUGAGGACGGAGAAGCUCCACCGCCCGAUUCCUUUGAUUAAGCAUUACAUUACUAUCCAUUUUCCAACAAUAUCAAGUCAUACAUCUCUAGGUACCGGUUUCAGAGUAUCCAAGGGAUAUAUGCUGUGUAGAAUUUCAUUUAUCGUAUUCCAUUACAUGGCUUGUGUUUCUGUAGAUAAAGAGUGCAUGUCUGUUGCACCAACUCCUUUCUAGGCUUCAAAUGUAUGUGAGAAACUAGUAACAUAUUAUAUUUGAAUCGAAGUGUAUGUACAUGUUAUAUGAAAUUCUUCCUUGCUAUGCAAA